UGUCUGGGCUGAAACAAUAUUGUACAAAUGUGAUUUCCAUUUUGUUCUGAUUUUUUUUGUUGUAGGAGAAACUACGACAGUCACAAAGGACGUCAAAGCACUGGACCAACCAAAGGCACUGACGAAGAGGCUGGGGAAAAACGACUGACUAAGUGCAUGGCCUACCAAAGAAGAAGCGCCGGGCAGACUUAAGAGACGGAGGAGGAGGACGAUGGUGAAAACAAAGAGCCAAACACUGGAAGGGAGAGAGAGGCAGACAAAGGAGAUUCCCAGCCAGAUCGGAGAGAUAGUCGUCACGAUAUCUGACUACAACGACGACGGUAUGGGCGAGAAAGCGGAGGUGAGCGUGAGAAACACAAAUGGAGCGGAGGUGAAAACAGAUGCAGGUGUUGGAAAGCACAGGGAACGAGAAGAGGAAAUAAUCGCUCCCUGCAGAGAGAGUUUACAGGACCUGAUCGAAAAAUACAUGCUCACGUCGAAAGAGGAGGCUGAGCUUGCCAUGUCUCACAUCCUGUCUCCAGACUACACCAGGGAGCUUGCCCUGGUCCGUUCAGACACACCUUACUGCCUCUACCUGUACAGCGGGGUGGAGGUGAGGGACGGCCUCAAAGCUACCGUCCUGUUGGUGGGCUACUAUGACCAGAGUUCAGGGGCGGCUGUGUUGAAGCUUCUCGACGCCAGGCCGUCCCUUUCGACGACGAACCGGGACGCACUGGACUCCAACCGCCUGAUUCAGAUUCUGAUCCACUUCGGCCUUUCCCUGUACGACCUCGCCGUGUUCUACUGCGACUCCCAGGACCGUGGGGCGAACAGCGAGAUGGAAGCGCGCCUGCGGGCCUUCCGACCCGGUCUGGUGUCCCUCUGCGGUCUCCCGGGUCUGGCGGGGAGAGCCUGCAGCGACGGGCUGGGGGCUGCCUUCGGCACGGUGGGCGAACUCGCCGAACACAUCCACCUCCACUUCUCUAACGGCAGCCGCCCCACCGGCGCCGCUCUGAGGGAUCUGGCGGCUUGCUCGAGGCACUACCAGCCCUCCGUCCCCGUCGCCGCCCAGUGCAUCUUCCUCAGCCACAUGGUGCGGAGGAUGACCAACGACUGGCGUGGCCUGCUGGACUACUUCGAGUCCCUGGGCCCCUCGCCCGAGGCCCGGUGGAUCCGCAUCCUGAUGAGGCGGCGGAACGUCCGGCUCGGCGCGCUCUUCCUCUGCCAAGCCCUGCAGCCCCUCUGCGCCUUCCAGGAGGCUCAGCUGUCGGGCUCGGCCGGGCUGGCCGUGCAGCUGCAGCUGAUGGCGACGCUGAGCCAGGCCUACGCGGCGCGCAUCCUGAAUAGAUCCUCCGUGGGGCCGUACCUCGAGCGGCGCGACCGGGGCAUGCUGCGCGACGCGGGCCUGCUCCUGCCCGACUUGGAGCUGAAGGUGAGCCCGCCGGUCAGCGAGUACCUGUUGGAGCUGCUCCGGUUCAAGGGCGCCCCGGACGAUGCGUCGCGGGAGACGUUUCUGGGCGACGUCGUGGCGUUCACCCAGGCGGUGUUGGAGAACAUCGCGGCGAGCUUUCCGGACGAGCUGGGGUUCGCGGCGAUGCAGAACAUGGGCUUGCUGCUCACGCCGCCGCGGCAGGGCACGGAUUUGACGAGUCGUGGCUGGCUGUUGAGGAAACUGUGUUCGCAUCUGCGCUUGUCUCCCUCACGAUCCCCGGAGUGUCAGGAUCUGACCAGUGACUUGGUACAGGAGUUUGACCUUCACUCUGAAGAGGAGGAUGUCAUCGGGGCACACCGGAGAGACCGAGAAGAGAGGAACUGGGGCAAGGUGCUCAUGACCAUGCAGAGGAGCUCUCUGCUGCACAGGUUGUUGCAGAUCCUUCUCGCCCUGCCGCACUCUCUCAACAGGGACAUGGUGUUUGAUAAGGUUUUCAGGAGCAGCGUGGCCGCAGCGCCCUUUCCCAGACGCCAUGCCCCCGAGAAGCGUAAACACUCGGGCUCAGACGAGGAGGAGGAGGAGGAGGAGGAGGAGGAAGCAGCAGAGGCGGACGAGGAAGAAGUGUCUGAGGCGACCGACCACUCCUCUGAUAGUGGGUCGGAUAUCAGCGGGGACUCUGACAUCCCCAGUGGCCCGGGACCGCGAACAAAUCGAAGCCAUGUGCCUGCAAGGGUAGCCUCUUGUUCCAUGACAGGCUCCCCAAAUACAUCAAGCACAGUGAGUGCCUCUCCACCCAUGGUAUAUAUAAGCAUCAUGGACAGUGAUGUGGAGGAAGUGGAUAUAAGUGGAUAUGAAAUCGUGGCAUAGCUCCUUUUAAUGUGUGAUUCUAAUAUUCUCUAUAUUAUAACCAAACUAAAAAUGCUGUUUACAUUUUGCCCAUACUACUGUAUGUUUUGAGUGUGCGGGAGGUCUCAAUCUGCCUUGCCAGAAGGUAUUUAUGAUUAGAGAGCUAGUUCUUUAUAGUUUUAAAGCAUUUUUAAUCAGUAGUUGUAUAUGCUUCCUGUGUUAUUGGGUAGAUAUAGAACACGUGUUUAUGUGUUGCUUUGUGAUUGAAAAAAAGACUUGUUUUUGUGCCUCUUUUUUAUAUGACAAUUUUUCUUAAGUUUCUAUUUACUAUACAUUUUGAGUGCAAAUUAGUUUUAAAGAACACAUUGUGCUAUUUUUGUACUUCCACUGAUUUGUUACAAACAUGUUUGUUUAGUUUUGUAUUUGUUGAUACUUUUAUUGGCCUCUAUAUAGAUAGAUAGAUAUUAUUAGGGCUGUCAAACGAUUAACAUUUUUAAUCAGAUUAAUCACAGGAUUCUGUGGAUUAAUCACGAUUAAUUUUACCAUUCGAAAUAUGCCUGAAAAAUUCGAAUUUUCUCUCUAUAUUGUUGUAUGAACAGAAAGAUAAAGGACAGAAGGUGGAUAUGUAGCCUACAUUUAAAAUUUAUAUUUUUAUUAAUUGAAAAUCCAAAUGAUGGUUUUAAUACUGAAAAUAAAUUUAAAUCCAACUAAAAUAUAUACCCACCACACCAUAAUUCAAUUGGUCUGUCUCUUUACUAUGUCUUUGGGCGAAUAUAGGCUAUA